AUGGAUGGUACUUCCCUCUUCAAGAAACGCAACCGUGUUCCUGCAAGUUGUUCUGUCUGUCGGAAACGUAAGUCCAAAUGCGAUCGGGUGAAACCAAUCUGUGGAUCAUGUCGUAAAAAAUCAAUCGCUCACUUGUGUUACUAUGAACCCAGUGGGAGAAUGAGUUCACCACCACCACCACCUGCAAAUGAAUCAAGGACGUUGCUCAGCAUACCACCACCCCCUCCACCACCGCCCUCGAUGCAACUCCACCAGCCUAACAUGUAUCAUAAUAGACCUGUUCUACUUCAGCAACCGUACCUGCCCUCACUUUCUCACGGAUUGCAGCAGCAGCAGCAACAGCAACAACAAACACAAUCUCAAAACCAAAACCAACCUCCAUCUAUCCCCAUCCCCACCACACGUCUCAUGAGUGACGCAUCCACAAAAUACUUUAGUCCACUUAUUCAACCACCCCAGCCUCCGUCACUACCCAUCCCACAAUUGUCGCAACCCAGCCAACCAAACAUCAACACAUUAGUUAUACAGGACCCCAUACCGUCGAUUUCAGCAGUUUCACCAACAAAUCUGACCGUUCCAGUUUCCAAAUCACAAUCUGAAUCAGUAGUAUCACCACCAGUACCCACCCCUUCGUCGACAUCUUCCUUUACCGGUUCUCAGCGUCGCAGUUCAGACACAGCCAUGUUGCCACAACGAACGAUACCCUCACUCAAGCCGCCCGAUAUAUCACCCAGCAGUUCCCAUAAUGGCAUCAAUGAAUCGUUCUCAUCAUACACUUUAGUGCUGAUUCCACUUGGUCCUAAUUCUUCACUUCAAGUUAGUCCCGAGGAUCGCAUGAAUGUCUUUACCAAUGCCAGUUUCUCUAUGAAUUUGGAAGGACCGAUAUGGCAACAACAUGGAACACUUAGUUAUAUCGGAUUGACCAAAAGCGAUCCGUUCAUUAAGCUAUUCCGAAACUUUACCGUGAUCUUAUUGAAGGCAGGUGGCAUGUCGAAAUUCCUCAUGAAUGAACGCAAAAGACGAAGUGUAGACUCCAGCUCCGCCCCCAUGGGUCGCAGUGGCAGUGAGAAUGACAAGAAACAAGAACUGCUUGAUGGCGCGCUUGUUGCUGAAGACGUUUUGAUCGUAUCCAAGAUUGUUCGUAACAACGUUGACGAAGUCAAGAAUGGGAAUAGUAACCAACUCGACCAAAGCACUCCUGGAAGCAUGAAGAAGAAACGCCGACUCGAUAUUAUGCCUGCGCUUGAAUGUUUGUAUUCGGGUGAAAAGAAGGAAUAUUACCGUAUAGUCGAAAAGGCCAUUGUGGAGAUAUUACCUGCUAAGAUGAACUUGUUUAUUCUAUUCUCGAGAUUCUUCAAGUACGUGCACCCAUUCAUUCCAAUUAUCGAUGAACAUGUAUUGCUAAUGGAUGUGAACUCGCCCCUUGACCACUUCCCCGAAUUUACAAAGGAUUACCAUACGCAAGUAAACAUCAAGAGUGAUGACGAUUUACGCAUCAUGGGAAUACUUUUGCUAGUAAUGAGACUAGGAUACAUGAGCAUGAUCCAUAAUGAUUCGAUGUACAACAACUACAACGAAACCGAAGCGUCAAUAGUCGAAGACAUGAAGCAAAAGGUUGAUUCCAAGACGUUUGUCCAUGUAAUCAACUUGUGUAUUUCCGAUGCGCUCAUUGCCACGAGAUCUUCCUUCAAAUUGGUGCAAUUAUUAACGUUGCUUUAUUUCUAUCGACAAGUUGCGCCUGAUGAUUCGCAUGGAAUCGGUGGUGCGGAUCUGCAUAUCUUAUUCGGAGUGAUUAUGCGCCAUGCCAUGUCGAUUGGGUUGAAUCGUGAUCCUACGUUUUACUCCACUCACGAGACUAUAUGUAAUAACCUGGCAUUGAUUAAAACGUGGAGGUUUUUAUGGUAUUAUCUUGUCAUGACUGAUGCCACUAGUGCUAUUCAUACUGGAACGAAUUUGAAUUUGAUGAGUGUAGAAGUAAGUGAUGUACAAGUGCCCCGGUAUGAUAAUGACAAGACGGGUGGAUUAAACCAGGUGAUUGAAAGUUUGGAAGGAGUGUGUCGAUCAUAUCGCAAUAUCAUCAAUAAGAUCAGCAAUGUUAGUCAAAAACCAAAGAUAGUCGACAUCUUAACUGAAACUAAUCAUUUGGAGAAGUUGUUUUUUGAAAUCUUUGGCAAGGAUUUCUUUCGGGAUGUUAUUUGUAAACCGGCUAAAGUUCCACCCACGCCCAAUGGGUUUGAUAUUCGUAGUGCCGAACAUGAAGACACUUUGGUCAAGGUAUUGAAAUACUGUUUGUUUAUUCAACUUCGGACUAAUCUUUCUGGGAUGUACUACAUGGUUGCAAUCCACUACGAAAAUGUAUACAACGAGUCAAAAACCCCGUCGAUGAAUGCCGGAAUUGAAUUGUUUAAGAUAUAUAUCAAGAGCGUGGUUCAACUAGUGUAUAUCAUGUCGUAUGUUCUCGACAACUCGGUGGAAUUGUUUGGUAAAAAUUACGACUUUUUCUUGACAUCCCAGAAUGAACGGUACAUGAUUAAAACCCACUCGUUCCUUACAUCUUUCUUUGUUCGAUUAUUGCAUCAGAAAAAGGACCUUUCGUUUCAAGUAUUUAAAGACCCGACGAUCCAGCCACGACUUAAUGUUAUUGACAAUCUCUUCACUAUGGUUCUUGUGGAGGCAGAAUUGUUUGUGGGUAACUUCAGGAAGUUAUCGCGAACGUACAUCAACUCGUACCGGUUGUAUAUCAUCACAUAUAUUAUCCUCCGGCAAUGUAUCGAGAAUCCUGAUGUCUUUUUUGAACGAACACUCAAUGACCACCGGUUCUUCCACCAUGGCACCAAUAUGAUUGAAUUCUUCACUGUGGGUGAAUUGAACCGAUUGUGUAAGUUAUGUGGUGAGUUCAAGAGCGCCAAGGAACUGCAGGAGAAGUUGAAACUCGAAAGAAGGAUGCAACAGCAAGAAAUGAGUACUCCAGGUGGAAUAAAUGCCGAUAUCUCCAACAUGUUUUAUGAUGAUGAUAACAAUGACAUAUUUGAUAAUUUGCCUACUGAAGUCAAGAAUGAGAUGUUUGAUCCUACCAUUUCCAAUGACGAGUUCUUGCGCUUGUUUGAUAUUUGUGGGGAUUUAGCUGCGAUUUUCGAGUGAUUUACUUGUAUAUUUUUAGCAUAUGAUAUAGUUUCAGAAUAAUGGCUGCAAUAAUAAUAGCUGCAAUUUUCAGUAA